AUGGUUUCUGCAAAGAAAGGCACGUUGCUACGCAGUGAUGUACCUACAAAAGUCUAUAUUGUCCAUUUGAACAGCCAAUACAAGGCCGAGGGGAAGAAGGAAUUUAUCAUCGCCGAUCUCGACGAGCGUACACUCCUCAUCAAUCCCGCCUACUUGGACGAAAUCCGUGCGGCUUUGAAAAAGUACAGUGACGAGCUGACGUUUGAGCCCACGGAGAAGCAGCCGGGACAGCAGUGA